CGCUCGAUAGCAUUUUGUUUAUCGGCGCCACGACUGGCCCAGACUGUGCGGGAACCCCGCCGCGCCGUCACCGCCUCCGCCGUGUUGCUGGACUUCCCGUUCCAGACAUGCUUUUCCAGCUGGAUCUCAACUCUGCCGGUCACAACUCAAUUGCUCCCUUUUCUCAUCGUCAGUAGAGGCGAGUCGACACUUGGGGUUCCUACUCCGCCCAUCCGUUCUUUGCUUUUCCACAAUCUCACAUGCGCUGACGCCUUCGAGCCCCGUUGUUGUCCGUCCACAAUCAUUCCCCGCGACAAUGGCGUUCUUCUUCAACCGUGGUCGAACACGGCAACCAUCUGAUGUUGCCAGGACAGUCAAGGAUCUCCUGGCAAGGAUCGAGGAGACUCCUGGAAUCGCUAAGGUUGAGGAAGACCUCGCGAAGCAGCUGUCCCAGGUGAAACUAAUGGUCCAGGGAACACAAGAGGUCGAUACGUCCCCAGAGCAGGUACAAGCACUAGUGCAGGCCGUUAUCCAAGAAGAUUUGCUAUAUGAACUGGCUCGGAGUAUACGACUAUUACCUUUCGAGUCGAGAAAGGAUACACAGACAAUAUUCUCACAUAUCCUUCGAUUCAAACAUCCGCAAUCUACCAAUGGAGACCCGCCAGUGAUAUCGUACAUUGUCCAUAAUAGACCCGAGGUCAUUGUUGAAUUAUGUCGGGGCUACGAGUACAGCCAGAGCGCAAUGCCCUGUGGGACGAUCCUGAGAGAAGCCCUAAAAUUCGAUGUUAUCGCGGCCAUCAUCCUUUACGACCAGUCUGCUGAAGGGGAACCCGCUAUCCGUUUGAGCGACCUACAAGCCGGUAUUGUUCAAUCAGGCGAGGGCGUAUUCUGGAAGUUCUUUGGAUGGAUAGAUCAAGGGAGCUUCGAAGUGAGCGCGGAUGCGUUCACGACCUUCAGGGAGAUUCUCACUCGUCACAAGACCCUUGUGUCCGGCUAUCUAGCUACGAAUUUUGAUUUGUUCUUUUCGAGAUACAACAGCAUCCUUGUUCAGUCAGACUCCUACGUUACAAAGCGACAGAGCAUCAAGCUGCUCGGAGAGAUCCUUCUCGACCGUGCGAACUAUAACGUCAUGACGGCCUAUGUUGACAGCGGAGAGCAUCUCAAACUGUGCAUGAAGUUAUUGAAGGAUGACCGCAAGAUGGUGCAGUAUGAGGGAUUCCACGUGUUCAAGGUGUGUUUUGACUCCAUACGCGGCCCGGGGGAUCAUGACCAUCACGAAAAGCGAGGGUUAACCGAAGAAUGUGGCCAGGUCUUUGUUGCGAAUCCAAAUAAAUCUGUGGCGGUGCAGCGGAUCCUGAUCAACAACCGCGAUCGAUUGCUCAAGUUUCUUCCCAAAUUCCUGGAAGACCGAACCGACGAUGACCAGUUCACGGACGAGAAAAGUUUCCUGGUGAGACAGAUCGAGCUCUUACCCAAAGAACCCGUGGCACCUGGACGGCCCGCGGGUCCAGCUGGCUCCGGUGCCAACAUGGCAGCCGUUGCGUGAUGAGAUACGACUGGCGGCGCUUGGACGUUCAAAAACACG